AUGCAAAUGAGCUGGGUCAGUCAGGUCACUCGUCGUGGCACUUUUUCAUUGAACGCGGGCGAAACAAACACCACGUCAGAACAAAAUGGCCAUGUUUAGUGAAGGAAAACUUGUUUUCAUGGGACUAUGACAAGCUUCCCAUCCACAGGUUUGAAGCUUGCGGGGAAAAAGAGAAAGUGCCGUCUGACAUGAGAUUUCUGUAACCGCCAACGAUGCCUGUGAAUCGAGCUGCGAUAUUCCAGCUGACUCUGCUGUUGCUGAUUGUGCCCAUUCAGUACAUCAUCACUCAAUGGAAGCCAGUCAGCGACACGGAAAGAUCACACAACUUGCAGAAUUUAAUGGUGAAAAUAUCGUCAUGGAAAAACAAAGUCUUGUCCAUCAAGACGUGGAAGCAGUGUUACGAGAACGCUCUGAAGUAUGUCACAGGAAGCUUUGAGAAGUAUGCCUACCCAGACAUAGACGAAGACGACACGGACUUGGGGGAAUCGCCCGCUGUGGAGGUGCUGAGGUACAAGGACAAAACUGGACAUUUUGCAGCAUCAACUGAGCCCAGAAGUCCAAGGUCAAGAAAGGUCAAAUACCGUAUAGGUCAGGUGAUUCGUCACAAGACAUGGGGAUAUAGGGGCGUCAUCGUAGGCUGGGACGAAAGGGCUAAGGCUCCAGAAGACUGGAUUAAACAAAUGCACGGCAUUCACAAGCAUUGGCGCCACAUGCCCAGUUACUCGGUCCUAGUGGACACAAGGGAUAGGAUGGAGGUCCAAUCGACGUACGUCGUUGAGGAAAACAUAGAAAUUAUCAGAAAUACAAAGAUAGUGCACCCAGAAGUUCAGGACUACUUUGAAAAGUUUGACGGAACACGGUAUCUUGCGAGACCAUGGUUAAAGCAGAUAUACCCUCAUGAUCAGUGAUAUUAUUUUCAGUAAAACAAAGUUAAAUUUUUAUUUCUGAUAUUACUACAAUUUUUUUGCCUCGUAAACAGGAACUAUAACCUACAAGUUUUACCUUAAAAGUUGUAUUUAUUUCUCCGUCAUCAAAAAUUGUGUUUUUAAACCAAGACCAAUUUGUGUGAUAUUGUGAAUUGAGGGAUAAAUCACUUCUUUUAUGGCCCCUAUUUGUUAUUAGACACAGGCACAGUUUGAGGGCAGUGGUUUUGUGUUUUCCUGAUAAGCAUUUUUUGCAUUCUUUAUUUAAAAAUUAAAAAAAAAACACACACAGAACACCCUACCAUAUACCUGCAACGCAUAAGGUCCAUUCCUUAAGUGAGAAUAUUUUGGGAAUGAUUUGUAGGUCCAAUGUGCAGGGGUAGUAAUUUCUAAAAAUUUGAUUAAUUUGGGUUAAACCAAAAUUGUUCCCCCCCCCCCAAGUCAUUUGAUUGUUGAUUGUGUGCAUUGGAAACAUAUCUAGUAAAAUGUGCAAAAAUGUGUAUAUAUUUUUUAGUGAUUUUUGAAGAUAUUAAGCAAUAAAUCCUAUCACUACCAAUGCAUUCCGACAGCGAUGUGCUGCUGCCCGACAGUAAAUCUAUUAGUCUAUGGCCAGUGAUGGGCACACUUUAUGAACAGAUUUUUAAUCAUUGAUAAAGAACUGAAGAAAACGAUUUCUUUUGGACUAAUGGGGUUUUUUUUGGUGGAAUUUCAUCCGAAGACAUAUUGUGGUAAUGAACCCUUUUUUUUUGUUAAAGAAAAAAUUAAGAACUAUCACUGAAAAUAUUUAAACCAAAUGAACUUGUAGAUGACAAACUGGUGCUGCAAUUGUCUCUUUUUGGUAUGAACUAUUUUGAAUGUCCAUCAUAAUCAUGGUAGAUUUGAAAAUUUUUAUUUGGUCAACUUAUUUGUUCAAAUUUUCUGGAAAAUAUCAAUAAUGUCUUCAUAUUAUUUUGUUACCCCUUCUCAAAAAUUUCCCGUUGCAAGCUGGAAUAUAUUUCGCCCUUCAUUCAUUUAAAAUAUUUGGGUAUUAGAAUUUGUCCUUUGUGUGGAUUUUUUCCCCGGAGAUUUUUCUGAAUUUCAUGACAUUGGUUCAUACCAUAAUGAAGAUUUAAUUAGCUUUGAUGAUGUCAGAUAAUGUCAUGCAUAUUCAUGAACUGGUCAAGAUUCUAAAAUUAUUCAACCUUUGUACUUCUGUACUUCUCAAUGGAACUGCACUUUGCCAAACAAAUUUCAGAACAAAUUGUUUAAACACUUGUCCAUGAUCAUGGUGUUAAGAUAGAAUUUUCCCAUUUAUUACUAUUUUUUGAAAGAGUAUUACCACUCAAAGCAUGUAUUGAUUUACCUGAAUGUUUCUUUAGAGAGAUAUUGUUUCUCACUCCACUACAAAUUAGUAUUUCUCAAGAUUAUCCUUUCUGCAAACCUUGGAGAAAUAAACAUUGUUGCCUCUCCCAUAAGCAGCUGCAAUAUUAGUUUUCAGAACACCAAUAAUGGUAAAGAAUGGUUGCAAGGUUUCCUUCUGGAACACAGUGUACAUGUAUUUCAACUGAGACAUAGUUGCGCCUUUAUGUAAAUAUUAUAUUGUAAAAUGAAUAAAUUAUGCACACUUAAAAGAUAGACGAGGACCAUA